AUGGCCCCGAUUUCCCUCGGUGACAGCAGCAACAGCGGCCGCAGCAGCAGCAGCAGCAGCAGCAACGAAGCUCCCACGCCCACCGCACCAGAAUCCUUCCUCCCGCUCCUCGAGCAAAUCAAGCAAGCCGUACUGCAGGAAGAGAGCCCCGACCGGACGGCCAAGUCCCACUUCCAGCUGCUGGGACUGGUGGACCAGCUGCGCCUCGCUAUUGAGAGCCCGACCGAGACGCUGCUGCGGUUAAUCUACCAACCCCCGCAGAACGCUGCCCUCCGUACAGUGAUGGACAUGAACCUAUUCCCACUGCUCAUGGACCACCGCCCCGCCGGGCUGUCGGCGACCGCGCUGGCAGAGAAGACCGGCGCAGAGCGGGCGUUGAUCGUCCGACUCAUGCGCGUGAUGGCCUCAUUAGGGCUAUGCACGACCCCGACGGCGGAGCACUACGCCGCCAACGAGAAGACCGCCGCGCUGAUCGCGCCCAUUGGUCGGGACGGGGUGCCAUGCAUCUACGACCUAACACUACCAACCCUCUCCACCCUCCCGACCUACUUCGCCACGCACGCCUACACCACCCCCAAAGAAUACGCGCACGCGCCCAUGAAAUGGGCCGUCGGCGCCAGCCAGUUCGAGUGGCUGGCGGCCCACCAGCCGCGCCAGCAGCGGUUCAACUCGUACAUGGCGAGUCGGCGCGCGGGGAAGCCCGAGUGGUUCGAGAUGUAUCCGGUGGCGCGGCUGACCGAUCCGGCGUUGCCGGCACUCGAGGAUGACCCGGAGGCGGUGUUGAUUGUGGACGUCGGCGGGAACCAAGGGCACGAUUUGCUCGCGUUUCAGGCCCGGUACGCCGAUCUCCCCGGGCGGCGGGUGCUGCAGGAUCUACCGAAGGUGGUGAAAUGGGAUGUCGGGAGCGGGAUUGAGGCGAUGGGGGUUAGCUUUCUGGAGGAGCAGGCUGUCAAAGCUGCACGAACCUACUACUUCCGCGCCAUCUUCCACGACUGGCCCGACGCCACCUGCCUCCGCAUCCUGCAGAACACCGUCGCCGCCAUGGACCCCGCGCACUCGCGGGUGCUGAUUGUUGACAUGGUCCUGCCCGACACGGACGUGCCGCUGCUGCAGGCCUCGCUGGAUAUCCAGAUGAUGAGCAUCGGGGCGGGCGUGGAGCGCUCGGAGCGCCAGUGGCGGGAUCUGUUGGGGAAGGCCGGGCUGGAGGUGACGGGGAUUUGGAAUACGAAUCCCGGGAUGGAGUCGGUGAUCGAGGCUGUUAUCAAGCCAAGGCAGUAA